AUGGACGCUGAGGUGAGCAAGUACAUCCACACUAGGCUGAUAGACGAUGCACAGAUUGUGCUCUUCACGGACGUAAUGGGAGAGUUCCAGAUGUCCAGCCCCAGCGCUAAAAAAGCGAUGUACGAGUUCUACCGGACCACGUCCUCUAAAGUCAACUGUGUUAUAGUUUGCGCGUAUAAGAGCGGAGUGAUCUGCAUUCUAGACAAGCUGAAUCAGCUUCCAGACGAAAAUGAAAUCGCGGAUAUCUUCAUCUACGCGUUCAGCCCCAUGAGCCAGUUCAUGCCAAUCAACACCAAGGCCCACAGGCCCGUGGCAGUGACUCACGGCAUUGAGAUGGUUUCCCCGGAGGCGGCAGUGCCGUCGCCCAAACACGUCAGAGACCAAGCCAGUGCUCCGGGGCGCCACUCGGAACCCCCUGUUGCUCCAUCCACGUCCCUAAGGGCCACCACUCCAAGAGCACGCACACUGCCCACCAAGCAAGAAGCAUCGGAAGUACGAUCCGCGGCGCCCGCGAAAAAGACUGGCGAAUUGAAAUCAACCGCGCUGCUUCAGAAAAUGCGCAAGGAGCGCGAAGAGAAAGAGCGAGUACGGCUGGAAGAACUGCGAAAACGUCGCCAAUUGCAGGCUCAGAAGGCGGAUCAGGAUCCAAAGCGUAAGCAGGAACUGGAAGAGCUUGCAACGAUGUUUGACAGCGACAGCGAGGGCGAUGGCGAGGGCGAGGGCGAGGGCGAGGGCGAGGGAGAAGCGGCAAUUAGCACGCCCGCGGAGGACGAAUCGCGCGAGGCUCCUGCUCCGACGCAUGCCGAGCUGGGCGACUUGCUCGAGACAACAGCCGAGGAAUCGCUCAUGGAGAUUUCAAAGCCCAGCGAGCCCAAGCCGCACGACGAGCCCAAGCCGCACGACGAGCCCAAGCCGCACGACGGGCCCAAGCCGCACGACGAGCCUCCCGCGCCGUAUGUCGAUGACGAAGGCUACACCGUCACACAAAAACCCACUCACAAGGCGCCCUCUUCGUCGUCCACCCCGGUCAAACGCCCGACGAGGGCCAUCGCGGCCGCGGAGUCCAGUGCCAAGAAACCCAAGCAGCAGUCGCUCAUGAACUUUUUCAACAAACGCAGCAAGUGA